AUGGCGAAAAGAUUAUUUUUUUCUCCAAGUAAAAGUAACGCAGCAGGUGUAAAAUUCGGGGAGGCCUCUUUUGACCUACUGACUGAUUUUCUUGUAAAUCUGGACAAAAGAAACAAAGAUGACCUCCCAACGAAAUACUGCGCGAAUUUCAAAAAUAAGAAAGUCGUUGAGUACAUCUUACUGAUAACUAAAGAACUGAGACUGGAUCCGCUGGCUGGCUACCACGCUGUUGAAUUACUUCAAAGGUUCAUGGUCAAAUACAUUGAAGAUUUCAUAACCGCACCCACACCUAAAGGUGCAACUUCUAAUCAUCCAAGAAGUUAUGAGGAUGCUGUUUAUAACAAACUGAAGGACAAAUUCCCGCUGAUCAUCUUCUCCUGUGUCCAGCUUGCGAACAAACUGUCGCUGCACAGUCAUAUGAUUGACAACAAUACUGCUGUACACUUUCUGCACUCAGUCGGCUGCACUGUAUCCAAACAGGUUCUCCUGGAAUCAGAGCUGAUGGUCUUGAAAGGGCUUAAAUUCAGACUAAAUGUCCUCAACCCACUGACUUAUGUGGAAAUACUUCUGGAAGUUCUCGGACACAAUGAGCCAUCAAUCCCUUUGAAGCACCUUUAUCACUACUGCCACCAUGUUCUCCAGUUUAUCAGCCUGGAGAGGACUGCCAUCUAUGAAACCUUGUUAAUGGCAACCACUGAGUGUGUCAGCCCAUCCAGGGAACAGAGGGAAAAAUUUGUACCAGUGACUGAAGACUGCAUGCUUCUGGGUGUUGGUGUCAUUGCUGUGGCUGCAUUCAUCCUCAGAAAGUGGGAACAGGUAGUUGGAGAACUGAGCCACAUCACAAGAAUCUCAAAGAGAAGCAUCACUGAUUUCGCUCACGCAACUUUGGUGCACAUUGUUGGCAUCGGCUCUAGUGUAAAUCCACUCUCAUGAUUGGCAUGAGAAGAAAAAAAUCUGUGUGCUGCAAUAAAAUGUCACCUAAACAAAUAAAAAAAAUCACUAAAGAUUGGCGAUGUUGCCAAAGUGUUAGAAACAC